CUCUCUCACUUUCAGACUGGUGUGUGCAUAUAUAUAUAAUAUAUAUUACAUACACAGUUGCCCUCCAUUAUCUUGUCCAUGGGUGGAACUGAGUUUUGGCUUACUGUUGUCGUAGUAGGCCUUUCGAGUUCGGUUUUGGUUGCCGUUUGGAACCAUUUCUCACCCCUGCUCUUUAAGACAUGCCCUGUCCCUAAAGGGUCUUUUGGGUGGCCUUUGGUGGGAGAAACAAUUGGCUUCUUGAAGCCACACCCUUCUAAUUCUAUUGGCAACUUUCUUAAAGACCAUUGUUUUAGGUAUGGGAAAGUGUUCACAUCCCAUUUGUUCUUUUCACCAACGGUUGUGUCAUGUGAUGAAGAGCUGAACUAUUUCAUUCUUCAGAAUGAAGGCAAACUGUUUGAGUGUAGUUAUCCAAAAUCCAUCCAUGGGAUUCUCGGCCAGUCCUCCAUGUUGGUAGCUGCUGGUGACACUCACAAGAGGCUCAGAAAUGUGGCUCUCUCCCUUGUCUCUAUAACCAAAUCCAAGCCUGAGUUUCUCAACGACAUUCAGAGAACGGCUAUUGGUAUUCUUCAUUCCUGGAAAGACAAACAACGUGUCACUUUCUUUGAGGAAGCCAGAAAGUUCACACUUAACGUGAUAAUAAAACAAGUACUUGGUUUGACCCCAGAAGAUUCAAAGACAACAAAAAUUCUUGAAGAUUUUCGCACUUUCAUGAGAGGACUUAUAUCACCUCCUCUCUAUAUUCCUGGAACUCCUUAUGCAAAAGCUGUUAAGGCUAGACAUAGGAUAUCUUCAACUGUCAAAGCAAUUAUAAAGGAAAGAAGAACAAGUUCUUGUGAUGAUAGUUCUAUAAAAAAGCAGAGUGAUUUUCUUGAGAUACUCCUAACUGUUGAUACCUUAUCUGAAGAUGAAAAAGUGAGCUUUGUUUUGGAUUCUCUUUUGGGUGGCUAUGAGACUACCUCUCUCUUAAUGGCUAUGGUGGUUUAUUUUCUUGCUCAAUCACCUUCUGCAUUACAACAACUAAAGGUAGAACAUGACAGUAUUAGGAGCAUGAAGCAGAAAGAUGAGCAUUUGAACUGGGAAGAUUACAGAAAAAUGGAUUUCACUCAGAAAGUCAUCAAUGAAGCGCUUAGAUUGGGAAAUAUUGUAAAAUUUGUGCACCGAAAGGCCAUAAAAGAUGUCAGAUUCAAAGAUUACCAAAUUCCCUCGGGGUGGAAGGUCCUACCUAUAUUUAGUGCAGUUCACUUGGACUCUUCUCUCCAUUCAAAUGCUCUUAAGUUUGAUCCCAACAGAUGGGAGAGCCAAGAUCAAGUAUCCAAGAGAUAUACUCCCUUUGGGGGAGGGUCUAGAUGCUGUCCUGGUUCUGAACUUGGUAGGCUUGAAGUGGCGUUUUUCCUCCACCACCUUGUGCAAAAUUUCAGGUGGAAAGUUGAAGAUGAUGAACAACCUACAGCCUAUCCAUAUGUAGAAUUUAAGAAGGAGUUGGUCUUAUCCCUUGAAAGUUGCUCAUAAUUUUGUCAAUUAGUGGACUUUAAGAUCUAUUUUGGUAGUUUGAGGUGGAAUAAGGAUGAAUAAUAAAUUAUCAGUUGAGAGUGACAAAAUAAAGGGUAUAGUGGACAAUAUAAACUCACAGUUCAUAUCAGAAGCCACAGAGCAGCAGCUCAUGUUCCUUCAACUUCUUCCAUCACAGCCCACCCGGGUCAACAAUUGGCACCCACCUCAAUACUCUUGGGCAGAAGGAGCAGGAUUUUAAUUUCCAUUACACAGUGAUAGCUCUUUCGAUGUUUGGCUCUGUAUACCUUUUUUCUUGUAAAUGCUUUUUAAUUUACAUGAUUUCCAAAUGUGUAUUUUAGCAUACACUUAUACUCUAUUUUUUAUUAUUUUUUUUAUCAAAAGCUAAAGUUAUGUGGAA